AUGUCAAAUGAUGAAGAGUUUGAUCUUACUAAAGACACUUUUUUUAUAAAUUCAAAGCCAGCAACUUCCUAUAUCCAAAAAACUCAAAAAAUUCCUAUAAAGAUUAAAAAAAUCAACGGCGGAUUUGGUACUUCUGCAAGAAAAAUAUCGAAAUUUAGCGUUUUGGAUCCAUUAAAUUACCCUUUCCAAACACCAGGCCCAGGUAGUUAUAUUUCCCAUAAAGAUUGAAGCCCAAAAUCCACCAGAAACCAGGAAGGAAUUGAGGAUAAAUUUAUAUUAAAAUCAUCAUCUCAAGGUUCAGCUUCCCCUAUAAUUGAAUUUCCAAGAAAAAGCUUUGAUGAGAUUUCUCCAAAAAACAGAGGAAGAUCAACAGAAUUCUCUAAAAACAAGAAAGAUAGAGAAUUAUGAAACCCUAAAAAUAUUCACCAUCCCCCUAGCAAGCUAGCAAGCUGAGAAAAUCCAGGACCAGGCAGCUACGAUUUUAGAGAGAAAAUUCCAAAAAUCGACACUUCAUGGGCUUUUGCUUCAAAAAGUGAAAAACUAGAAGAAAAUAUCAAUGGAGUUCCUGGGCCUGGAAGCUAUGACCCAAAAUCUAAUACAAAACUACCUGAAUUUCUCAAUUUUGGAACAAAAAGAUUAAGGACUUGUAGUUUAGGCAAACCUAUAAUAACUGAAGUCCCAGGAGUAGGACUAUAUACCCCAAAGCCAUCAGCAAAUAAUCAUGCAGCUACUUAUGUAUAGAGGUUUCCUCUAUAUAGCGCUGAAAGCGCAGACAUUUUCCCAGGAGCUUUCCAAGUUCGUCGGACCAAAUCGCUUUUUGGUCCGACCAAGGCAUUGAUUUGGUGCAACCAACCGAUAAAUUCCGAUCAGAAUUUAUCGGCCUUACAGCGCCAAACAUAGGAAACUUCUAUAUUUAAUUCGGAAUCUAAUAGGCUAAAUUCUACAAUAUCAAUUGCUGUAGGCCCAGGAGCCUAUGAGUCACCUGAAUCUUCGCCCAGGGAUUUUUCUUUCAAUACAACAGAUCGCUUUAAAUUCGAUUUUUUUAAAGGAAAACCAGGGGUUGGUCCUGCCUAUUACAGAUCUAACACCAAGAAACUGCAGAAAUCAGCAAUCCUUGAUAAUAAACAAAAGCGAUUUCUACCACUAGAUAAGCAAAACCCUGAAUUUUACGCAGUAUCUACUAAUGACGUUGAAAAUAUUAUCGGGAUUACGCCAUUGCCUGUAAAAAUAGACAAAAAUAAGGCACCUUUUAAUUCUUCCGAUAUAAGAUUUCCUUUGGCAAGAGACUAUUGAAUAAAAAAGACAGGAGCUCCUGACCCUGGCUUUUAUAAUACUGAUUUUUCGCCGAAAGCUAAAUUUUUCAAAUCUACAACCCCAAGAUUUCCUUCUCCCGGAAAAAAUGACAUUCCUGGACCUGGGACUUAUGAUGUAAGAUCAAGUCCAUUGAAAAAUAAGUAA